UCCCAAAAUUUAAAAUAAUUUCUAGUUUAUUUGCUUAAAUUUAUUUCUAAAAAAAUUUUCCACGAAAAUCGAAUAACUCAAUUUCUAAAUCCAUAUACUUUUUUUAUAGGACAUAACAUAGCAUAUUUACGUAAUAAACUUAUUCUUGUAACUGUUAAACUUAUGUAUUUCGCGAAGGUGAUAUCGUAUUAGAAAUUUUUUUUUAUAGUUGUAUAUAAAUUUAUUUUUAAAAUUUGUCUUAAUCCCCUAAAACCCUUCGCACGGCACUGGCUUUAACAUCUGUCUUUUUCCAGGUAGGUUUCCUUCUCUAGGUUCUCUUGCAUCAGUCCUAUUAACCAUAUGCUAUAACAAAGAUUUUUUUACGCCUCGUUGCUUGCAGACCAUGUACCUCGUGCUGGUAGAGAAGUCUGGUGCACAAGAUGGGGUUUCCUCGAUCGAGAUAAUGUUCUAUAACAGCUUCCUUUCCCUUCCAUUUUUGUCAUUCCUCAUCAUAGCUACUUCCGAGUUUCCAAACUCUAUAUCGCUAUUACUUGCAAAGUGUUCUUACUUGCCGUUCUUGGUGAUUCUUGUUCUUUCACUGGUUAUGAGGAUUGUACUCAACUUCACAAUGUUUCUUUGCACCAUUGUGAACUCUGCAAUAACUACAACCAUCGUUGGUGUCCUCAAAGGCGUUGGUUCCACCACGUUAGGUUUUGUCCUCUUGGGUGGUGUUGAAGUACAUGCUUUGAAGUUUGAACGUGUCCGCUUUAGUGGUCAACACAGCUGGUGGUGUGUGGUACUCUUACGCCAAGUACCGACAGAAAAAGGCUAAACCGGCUAAGCUACUGACUGAUUUAGAAGCUCACAAAAAAAUGAGAAUUUCUGGUCCGAUUCGGUUUGCACAUCAAAUAUGUCUUUGUGUAAAAAGUUAUAUUUGUAAUACUCCUACACUAUGGUACGUACAUAGACGAACAAAUUAUUUUCUUAGAUUGGUUAAAAACAGUGUUGUGCAAUCUACAUGAUUUUGAAGACUUACUACCGAAAAAAUAAAUUUAUAUUGGCAACGCAAAUAAACAAAACCACGGAUGCGCUACUUUGGAGUAGUUGACAAACAUUUUAAAAACUUACAUAAAAGAUUUAA